AUGAAGCUAACAUUGGGGAAUUAUAAAUAUAUACUAUUCCUGCAAUUUAUACUGUUAUUGGCGGACUUAAUGUUCAAUUCUUUUACCUAUCUCAUAACAUCGCAAAAAUUGAAAACAUCAAUAUUUAUAUUCUUGACGCAAGAUUCUUUUAUUAUUAUGGAAUAUGCAUUAUUCAUCUUUAUAGUGCAUGCUACGUGUGUUUAUGAGAUUGGUGGUACUCAAAUUAUUCUGAGAAAUUGUAAGUUGUUUUUAGCAGCGAUAUUAAUAUAUUUUUUGCUGUCGGGUGCACAACAAAUGAGUUAUAUUUAUAUGAUGAUGUAUCCGAAAACGUAUUGGCCUGAAGGGUUAAGAACGUUAACAUGUAUUCAUCGAGCAGCUUCUUUAUUCUAUUAUUUUUCAACUAAAAGAACGGCAUUAACUUUAUCAGAUCCACGUUAUUACGCUGAAAAUAUUGAUUGGAUUGCGGAACAAUUUAGUAACAAAUAAGAAGCGUAAUAUCAUAUUGAAAAAAUAUAUAAAUAAUUAUAUAAAAGUUAAAAAAAU